AUGGCGACCACGGUGGACAAGAUCAAGGAGAUCGAGGCCGAAAUGGCUCGGACUCAGAAAAACAAGGCCACAUCCUUCCAUUUGGGCCAGCUCAAAGCCAAAUUGGCAAAAUUGAAGAGGGAGCUGUUGACGCCUUCAUCAUCUGGCGGCGGCGGCGGCAGUGGGUUCGAUGUCGCCAGAACUGGAGUGGCUUCGGUUGGCUUCAUCGGCUUCCCAUCUGUGGGCAAAUCGACCCUGAUGAGUCGCUUGACGGGGCAACAUUCAGAAGCCGCUGCUUACGAAUUUACCACCCUGACCACGGUCCCUGGACAGGUCAUGUACAACGGCGCCGCUAUUCAAAUGCUGGACCUGCCGGGUAUUAUUCAGGGAGCCAAGGACGGUAAAGGUCGUGGACGGCAGGUCAUUGCCGUGGCGAAGACUUGCCAUUUGAUCUUCAUUGUUCUUGAUGUGAACAAGCCUCUCACGGACAAACGCAUCAUCGAAGCUGAGCUUGAAGGUUUCGGUAUCCGUAUCAACAAGGAGCCCCCCAACAUCGUCUUCAAGAAGAAAGACAAGGGGGGUCUGAACAUCACCAGCACGGUUCCACUUACCCACAUUGACCACGACGAGAUCAAGGCUGUAAUGGCCGAGUAUCGCAUCUCUUCGGCCGACAUUGCAAUUCGAUGCGAUGCCACCAUUGACGACCUCAUUGACGUUCUUGAGGCAAAGAGCAGGAGUUACAUUCCCGUCAUCUACGCUCUGAACAAGAUUGACUCCAUCUCGAUCGAAGAAUUGGACUUGCUCUACCGGAUUCCGAAUGCCUGUCCCAUAAGCUCCGAACAUGGCUGGAACAUCGACGAGCUGCUGGAGCUGAUGUGGGAGAAAUUGCAAUUAAGGCGGAUUUACACCAAGCCCAAGGGCAAGCAACCCGAUUAUUCUACCCCGGUGGUUUUGAGGAAGAACGCUUCAACCGUGGAAGACUUUUGCAAUGCCAUCCACAAGACUAUUGUCGAACAAUUCAAACAUGCCAUCGUCUACGGUCGCUCCGUCAAACAUCAGCCUCAACGUGUGGGUCUGACCCAUGAGUUGGCCGAUGAGGAUAUUGUGACCAUCAUCAAAAAAUAA